AUGGAGGGGCCAAAAUCGCUGGGUCCCUGUGUCUUCUCCCACCUUCAAUGUCCCCCAGCCCCAGCCUCGAACAGCCAUGGAGGAUGCCUGGACCAGCCCUGCCAGGGAUGUGUAAGGUGGCCCUGUCUGGUCCCCAUUUCCUCUGCUCAGUCAGUGGAGCCCACAAGGCCUUUCCCAGCUCAAGGGGCCAAUGGUGGGGGUUCCAGGGCGGAGCAGAAGCAGCAGCAGCAGCAGCAGCAGCAGCAGCAGCAGCGAGUGAGAGAGCCAUCAGGGCCAAGACAAGGAGAAAUGGAGACUGGGGUGGGGUGGGGCUGGCCUCCACGGUCAGAGAGAGAACAGGAGGCCCCUAGGCAGGGGGGACCUUCCAACUUGGGACCCAGACCCUUCCCAUGCCCACCACCCCUAAUGCCUGGAGAAGGGGCCCCAGUCUCAUCCAGGGCAGGCACCUUGAAACACCAGAGUGGACCUCUGGGGUGUGCAGAGCAAUCCUUCCGCCAACUGGAACAAGAGAACCACAGCUUGAAAAGACAGAACCAAGAUCUUCGGGAGCAGCUGGGGGCGCUCCUGUCUCCGGGGCCACAGUUCCUGCCCCUGUGCAGCCAUUCCAGCUGCACCGCUCUGGCCUGGUCUCAAGAAGCAGCUGGCACCCUGCCCCUGGAAGAGAGGGGACCUGUGCAGCUGGUACGGCAGGAGCUCUGUCGAGGUGAAGAAGCUUUCGUACAGCAGUCCCAGAAUGAACUGCAACAGAUUCGACUGUCCUUUGAGAGGAAGAAGAUGGCUAUUACUGAGGUGUGGGAUGGUGUGGCGGAAGUACACAUGGCCCUGAACAAUCAGGCCACUGGACUCCUGAACCUCAAGAAGGACAUUCGGGGUGUGCUAGAUCAGAUGGAGGACAUUCAGCUAGAGAUUCUGGGGGAGAGGGCCCAGUGCCGCACUCAGGCCAGGAAGGAGCAGCAAAAAGCAUGCACCGCGAAAAAGAGGCCGAAGCUGGGAUGUUCCGAGGGUAUCAAGGGCCAGUUCUGGCUGCUGGCCCUGAGGCUGUUGCUGGGCGCCCUGCUGGCCUGCACUGCUGCUUACGUGUACGUGGUGGACCCCACACCCUUCGAGGGGCUGGUACCGCCCUUGCUGAGCAGAGCUGCUGUCUGGAAACUCCGGGCCCUACUGGGCCCCUUCCUGCACCUCGAAGUGGAUGACUUCCUGCCCUUCUAG